AUGUUUUGCCGAAAUCAAACAACCAGAGCAACCGUUGCCCGCGGCUCUGCCCUUGAAAUGGAGAUACGGCGAGGGAAGUUCAGAAAGAGCGUUUUCCUGGACACAUCACAGGACAGCGACAUUCAGAAAAAGAUUGACCAUGAGAUCCGGAUGCGGGACGGGGCCUGCAAGCUGCUGGCCGCCUGCUCUCAGAAGGAUCAGGCGCUGGAGGCGUCCAAGAGCCUGCAGACCUGCAGCACUCGCAUCAUGGCCUACAUGACGGAGCUGCAGAGGAUGAAGGAGGCGCAGAUCAUGCAGAAGGUCACGCGGAGGUCGUCGGAUGCAGGGCCGAUGGACGACAGACACCCGUGCAAGGGAAAAGUAGCCAUCUCAGAUCUCCGUAUCCCUCUCAUGUGGAAAGACACGGAGUACUUCAAGAACAAAGGAGAGCUUCAUCGGUGUGCAGUGUUCUGCCUGGUGCAGCUCGGAGGAGAGAUCUUUGACACAGACAUGGUGAUAGUGGACCGGACACUCACCGAUAUCUGCUUCGACAACACCAUCGUAUUUAGUGAAGCCAACCCUGGUUUUGAGAUGCGUGUAGAGCUGUACAGCUGCUGCUCAGAAGACGACUACUCAACAGGGAGCACGCCCAGGAAGCUAGCCAGCAAACUGAGCUCGUCGCUGGGCAGAUCGGCGGGGAAGAAGUUCAGGUCGGCCAUGGAGCCUGGGCCGUGUAGUCCUGUUGGCAACGGGGGGGCAACUCCUCUGCUUCUGCCAGUUCCCUCUGUACCGGGUCCUAAGUACCACCUUUUAGCUCAUACCACCAUGUCGCUGUCACACAUCCAGGACAGUUUUCGCACACAUGACCUCACCAUCUCAGGCAACGAGGAGUGUUCCUAUUGGCUGCCGCUCUAUGGCAGUAUGUGUUGUCGCUUCGCAGCUCAGCCUCACUGUAUGACCCGACAGAUGAUGAGUGGAUGUUUGAAAGUGAAGCAGUUGGGAGGUGAACCUCAGAGUUGGACUAAAGUGUACGGCGUGCUAAAAGGAACAAGCCUUUUCUGCUACCACCGGCAAGAAGAUGUGGAGGCUAACGUCGAGCCAGCUUUCACCAUCGCCAUCAACAAGGAGACCAGAAUACGUGCGUCAGAGAAAGACCCUCAAAGUAAAGUUCAGAAUAUCUGUAUCAGUAACCAGUACGGAGGUGAGGAGGUUACACACACACUGACGUCAGACAGCCGCGAGGACACACACCGGUGGAUGGAGGCCUUUUGGCAACAUUUCUACGACAUGAGCCAAUGGAAACAGUGUUGUGAUGACUUAAUGAAAAUUGAACUGCCAUCGCCACGGAAACCGACUCCCGUCACACCAAAACAAGGCUCACUCUAUCACGAAAUGGUUAUUGAGUCAUCUGAUGACCUCAGCACGGUGUCGGACAUCCUGGCUCGGAGGAUGCAGGAGCUGGAGCUCCGGAGCCAGCUGGGCACCUCCCCGAACUGGAUGUCUCUGUUUGAGGAGAACAACCCCAAAAGCGCUGGCCGCCCUCGCCCCUGUACUUCCCGCUUCUCCGGCCACAGCCCCUGCACACCUCACCGCCCCCCCCGCAGCCCUGCGAGCCCCCACCGCUGCCCCCAGCUCAGCCUGCUCUCCUCAGACGCCAGCCUGACCUCGGACAGCGACAGCCACUGCAGCACCAGCCCCUGCUCCCACCGCCACGCCUGGCCCGAGCCCUCCUCAAACUUCUCCCUCCUGUCCUCGUCCCCCUCCCGCCUGAGGCCACGCACCUUCUCCCUGGAUGCUAAGCUCAGCACCCUGCGGGGGAGGGGGUUCAGAGGGGGAGGGACCUUCCAGUGCUCCUGCCAGCCUCCUACCUCCUCGCUGCUCACCCCGCUCCCUGUCUCCUCUCGCUCCCCUCGGUCGCAGCGCAGCACCCAGACCACGCUCUCCUGCUCCAGCUCCACCUCCAGCAACAGCUCCAGCAACAGUGAGGGCCGCCACAGCCCUGAGUCCUCCGAGGGGGCCCCCUUCUCCCGGCCCUCCCCGGCCCGACGCAGCCUCAGGAACCUCAGGGCCAGACUCGAUCCUCGCAACUGGCUCCAAAGUCAGGUGUGAAGCGCGUGCUGCCAGACAGACAUUUUUAACACUGACCUAAAGGCAACAGUUCUCAUUAAAUCAAGGUUUAACUGGCUUAACAUAUGUGAACCGACCUCAGGCAGUCUGUUGGCAACAUGCACAGCCCUGAGGAGGAUAAGCUGCCUCUGGCCUGCGUCCUGGGGGGGGGGGGGGGGUGGAUCAUUGAAGACCCUCCUGGAGCAAACUGGAAUGUCUUCUAUCACAAAGGACAGGUGACAAUCACUGCAGGCGGCACUUUGCUGAAGAUGGUCCAGAACUAAAUGGGAGGUACUCUGCUUGCUUUGAAAAAUUAUUAUGGUCAUGCUGCUUGUGAGAAAGUGAUGUUAAGAGCUAAGGACUUCAGAUUAACUCGCCACACUGGGCUCUACUGUCCGCCCUGAAACUAGAAAGGUUUUUUUUUUCCCUCUGCAUCCUGGCAACAGAAACAGGAUCUCAAAAUCAUCUCUAUAAAUGUCACCUGCAGUGUUUUGACUGGAUGUUUCCUAUCAAUAUUUAAAAAAAAAUCAAGGUUUGCAGUGUUUAUGCUAUGAAAGCUAGUGAGCAUGAGUCGAGAUGAACAGGCAAGACGGCCAAGAGUUUUCAAAUGAUAAAGUGUGGAGGGAAGCGUUGGUGUCUGUCUGCUGUCUGAACUGUGAUAUCUACUUCAGUGCACGCGUCUAAUUAUUCAUACAUGGUUCUCCUAAAAUGACUAUGCACCAUUUUGUUUUGUUUCUGUAUGAUUACACGUUUCAACCAUGAAUCUGGUGAAAGCAAAUGCUCACACACUGUACUGGUUAAUACUGUGAUCUCUGGUCUCAACUCCCACACAUGUAUCUGCACACUAUCCACAGGUAGAGGUAGGUAACAUAUCCCUAAAUACAUAGGAAAGCAUUAAAAUAAAAAUGUAAUAACUCAACUCAAACUUUGAAUAUCAUUAAAAACAAAAGACGUCCUCAUAAAACAUAAUUUUACAUUAAUGCAGUAGUGUGGGUUUUUUAAGCUUUCCGGUUCCUUAUUAUAGACAUUUCAAUAAAUGUGAAGCAUCCACCAAUCAUAUGUUAUAAAACAACUUUUUAAGCAGUGGAUUAUUAUGUGAAACUAUAACCAAUCAAUAGGUCAGAGUAAGAGCAAGCUAAUGGUUUACCCUGCCAUUUGAGUAUUUAAUUUUAAUUUAUGUAAGAAAACAGUCAUCUGACUCAAGGCGUCCGUUAUACAUCUUAUAGGAGAGUGUGUGUCUGUGCAGUAAAACCUCUUCUUCUCUUUCUUUUACUGUUGGUUUUACUUUAACAGUUUCUUGGGCCUCAGCACUCGGGUGAUUAUUUUGACUAAGAAAUACAAACUGUCAAAUGUUAGAAAAACAGCAUUUGUUACUGUAAAUUAAUUUUUAUAAAUUAACAAAUAAACCUCCUUUUUUUUCUCUUUUGUUACAUAAUUGAUUUUGUUAUAAAUGCAGCUAUAUUGAUACCCGAUUAUCAUAAUGUUAACAGAUGAUGUGCAGAUGUAUAACUGUUAUGCAUAGGUAACAUUGAGUGUUAUAACCUUGCAAGAGUUUCUCCUGUUAGCAGGCUUUGUGUUCUGCAUGUACGCCGUCAUAAAGGCGGACAUAAAAUGAGAAAUGUGGAAAUCUCCUGUAAAAAUAAUAUUACAUUAAUUAUAAUAAAUGUUUUAUCA